AUGGCCUCUUUCCAGGAUCGUGCUCAGCACGCUGUCUCCCAGCUUGACAAGGAGCUCUCCAAGUACCCGGUUCUGAACAACCUCGAACGUCAGACCAGCGUCCCUAAGGUCUACGUGAUCCUUGGCCUGGUUGGUGUCUACACCUUCCUGGUCUUCUUCAACAUCGCUGGCGAAUUUCUCGUCAACUUUGCCGGUUUCCUGUUGCCCGGCUACUACUCCCUGCAGGCCCUCUUCACCUCGGGUACUGCGGAUGAUACCCAGUGGCUCACUUACUGGGUCGUUUUCGCUUUCCUGACUGUCGUCGAGAGUGCGAUCAGCGCGGCUUACUGGUUCCCCUUCUACUACAUCUUCAAGUUCGUCCUGAUCCUGUGGAUGGCUCUUCCCCAGACCAACGGUGCCCAAGUUGUUUUCCACUCUUUCCUCCAGCCCCUGGUUGGCCGUUUCUUCUCCCAGAGCGGAACCUCCUCCAACCUGCGCGCUCAGGCCGAGGCCGCUGCCAACAAGGCCCACUCUUCUUGA